UUGUUACUGGUCGAAUAGAGGGUAGUUGUAAAAAAAUCAAACGACAGCGUCAUUUUAUGGUCAUACAGAGGAAAUGGAAUUUUGGGAGCGUCGAACACGUAAUUUCAUCUAAUAUUUUUACAAAAUUUUCGAAAAUGCCGAAGUACUACAGAUUUAGAGCUACGACGCCGACACGGAAACCAAAAAGGAAAGAAAAGGAAAGGGACCGAGAAAUCGAAAGGAAUAAAAAUGACGUCGAUAGCAGCUGGCUGGAUUUAACAUUUGCAUGCACGCCGGCGCCAUCUUGGUACCUGCGGCGUAUUGCAUGGCGCGAAUCACCCCAUAUGAUGGGCCUUCCGCGGCAACUGGCAACGGGACUUCAGGCUUCUUUGCAGAACAGUAAUCGGCCAAUAUACGUUUUUAAAUUUCUACAACGGUUUGCUCCCAAGAUAUGACGCGGCUGAAUUGAAAUGUCAAAAUUUCCCGCUAAUUUUUGACCUAACAUUACGUCAUGACUUUUUUUUAAGUAAUUUUUUUGAGGUUGGCAUAUAGAAGUGAAAGUUCAAGUCCUAUAGUUCAAACGAAGUUUUGAUAUGUUAUCGUUUGAAUAUACAUAUUACUUAGUUUUAAAAAUUAAACUUGUGACUUUUUU